GAGCACACGGCAAAAGAAAACGAAAAGAGGUCAUUCUCCCUCCUUCUCUCAUAAUCCAAACCUGCCCCUUUUUUUUUUGUUUUUCUGCCUACAAAUAUGAAUCCUCUAUCACAUUUUCUUUCACCUCCACCUUCCUCCUUCUCUCGGUUUUGUUCCUUUCUUCCUCUGUUUCUUUCUUUUUCCUCUCAACGACUCUUUUGCUCUCAACACACACCCUUUACAAGGGUUUAAGCUUAAACCAGGAUUGUAAGCACAGAAUUCGCUAUGGGAGAAGCACCAGCAUUGCUUGUUGAUGACCUGCAGGAUGGGGCUCACAAUGGCCUUGAAUUGAAAAACGGAAUUUGCAAAGCAACUGCUACCGUUGGUGAUAAGACGUAUGUCAUUGGUGGAGCUGAUGAUGGAACUUUGUCCAUUGAAGUUCAAAUUUUUGACCGUAAUCUUGGAGAAUGGGUUCGUCCAACUGUGAGGGGCACCAAACCCGUAUCGUGCAAAGGCCUUUCAGCAGUGGCUUUGGAAGACAAAAUACUGAUUCUUAAGAAGGGUUCUAAGCCAGAUGAUCAAAUAUGGUUCCUGGAGGUUGACACCCAAUAUGUUAGGCAGCAGCAAGAAUAUUUGGGGACUGAGGUGGUUGCAUGGAGUAAAGGUGUGGUAGGAAAUGCUGAGAAGCCUGUUGUAAUUAGUGGUCCUUCUGGAGUAGGCAAAGGAACAUUGAUAGCAAUGCUUAUGAAGGAGUUUCCAUCUAUGUUUGGUUUUUCUGUGAGCCACACCACCCGUGCUCCGAGAGGUAUGGAGAAGGAUGGGGUCCAUUAUCAUUUUACUGAGAAGAGUAUAAUGGAGAAAGAAAUCGAAGAGGGAAAGUUUCUUGAGUUUGCUUCUGUCCAUGGUAAUCUGUAUGGAACAAGUGUUGAGGCUGUGGAACUGGUGGCAGAUGCAGGGAAAAGAUGCAUUCUUGAUAUUGAUGUUCAAGGUGCAAGAUCUGUGAGGGCUAGUUCUCUUGAAGCCAUAUUCAUCUUUGUAUGUCCCCCGUCAAUGGAGGAGCUGGAGAAGCGCCUUCGUGACCGAGGCACAGAGACUGAGGAACAGAUCCUGAAGCGACUAAGGAAUGCCGAGGCUGAGAUUGAGCAAGGCAAAUCUUCUCACAUAUUUGAUUUCAUCCUGUACAAUGACAAACUUGUUGAGUCUUACGAGAAACUUAAGAAACUAUUGGGACUUGAUGAUUUUGUCACUACUACUAAAUCAGGCCAUGGAGAGAUUGAUCUACCAAUUGACCAUUCAGUGUCAAAAAUUGAUAACAAAAUCAUCAUAAACCGCAUCUCCUCGGGAGAGAAGGAAUCAAAGAAUUUGAUCAUAUUAGAUGUUUCCUCGCUAAAAGGAGGUGCACCUGGACGGACCAGAGGCCUAAAUUUCCAAGCAAUUGGCUCGUUCUCCAAUGGCUUGACUGAGAUAGAAGGACUUAGCUAACAUUCAAUGGACUCGGCCAACUAACUUGGUGUUGAGAAAAUGGGGCACGUGAUAAGGCUUUAGAUUCACGUCUUAAAACAUUUUUUUUUACCCUUGUUGCUUUCUUUGAUUGUUAUGACUAUUGAAUUGAUUUUAGAGUUGUGGAUCACUCAAUUAUUAUUCUCUGCAUAGGCAAUGAGAUUAUUUGUUUUGGCGUGUCAAAGAAGGCAAAAUGUGGUGUAAGUUUCUGUAUCCCCCCGCCCUACCUGUAGAUUAGGUCUUAGACUAUCCAUGGAUGUUCAUUUCUAGCCAUAUUUUUUACCCCUUCAAUUUGUUGGAGACACUUGUUGUAUGUCAUGAAUGUCUUCAGUAAAUUCAAACAGUUGUAUUGCGCUAGUCAUGCAAACAUCCAUUUACAUUUUUGGUAACGACACAUUCA